AUGACACGACCAUCUCUAGAAUCCAAGCGGCAUCACACCUUCGGCCUCCAUCGCAGCAGAAGCCACCUGUCCAGCAAACCAUCCUCUCCACACCUCUUCGAAGGCACCGACGCUGUACUCCAAAAACGCAAAGUCGCUCUCCAAAAAGUCAUAGAUACGCACCACGCUCUCGAACUGAAAUACGGCCACGUCGCAACACCAACGAGUACCACCAGCGAACGACCGACUUCAUCAUCUUCCUCGAUCUCCUACGACCCUUUCACAACAGACUUCGGCGACCUAUCUAUACCCGACGCUGAAGUGCGCACUUUCCGCUACCUGCUUUACAGAUGGGACCACGACAGCUACACGCUCGACCCGGAAUUUGACAAGGCGAUUGAAAGACGAAGAGAGAGCUUCGAAGAAGCGGCGAUAAAGCAUUUCAUCAGCCGAGUCGCGCUGUGGGAUGCCAGUGGGCAGGAGCAACAGACCCAGUCACGAAGCGUGUUCUCAAUUUUUGGCAGGCGAAGGAGAUCGCGGGCGAAGAGCGAUGCGAGUAGGAUGCUGGGAAUUGCGGAGACGGCGAACGAGGAUCCUGGCUUAGACGCGUUGAAGGAGGUUACUACGAGAGAGGGGCUGGCGCAACUACUAUCGACGUUAUUGGCAAAGGAUGAUGCGCCAGCAAUCGCGAGAUUGAGAGAGGAGUGCAAGCAGGCGAUACAUGAGUGGUAUCAGGUGAAGAUCAUUACAGAUGGGUCGAGUGACAGUUGA